CUCACUCUGAACAGCUUCGCUCCACUCGUGCGUUAGCUCGGUAACAUGCGCGUCGCACUGGCCGUCCAUGUCCUCGCCUUCGCCGGCCUGCUGAUGGCCAUGGCGCCCCUCGCCGCCUCGUACCCAUGGCAGGUCUGCAACGGCAGCAGCAACUACACGGCGAACAGCGCGUUCCAGCGAAACCUCGGCGCCCUGGCCGCCACCCUGCCCGGCAACGUCUCCGCCUCGCCGGGCCUCUUCGCCGACGCGACCGCCGGCGACGCGCCCAGCACGGUCUACGCCCUCGCGUUCUGCCCGCCGAUCGACAACCAGAACGUCUCCGGCUGCCGCGCCUGCGUCGCCGCCAGCUUCGCGGACGCGCAGACGCUGUGCCCCUACACCAAGGGCGCCCACAUCAUCUACGACAACUGCGUCCUCAGCUUCUCCGGCCGGGACUUCCUCGGCUCCGCCACCAACCCGCCGGACCUGGAGAGGAAGCUCCGGAACACCGAGAACGUCACCGUCUCCAACGUCGGCGAGUUCAACCGGGUCAUCUACGUGCUCCUCGACGCCACGGCCGAGUACACCGCGGGCAGCGCGGCGAGGUUCGGGACCGGCGAGAUCACCUUCGACCCGACCUACCCCACCAUCUACAGCAUGGCGUGGUGCACGCCGGACAUGACGCCGGGGAACUGCCGGAGCUGCCUGGUGGAGGCGAUCGCCGAGAUGCACGCCUUCUUCAACCCGAACGCGCAGGGGGCCAGGCUCGUCGGAGCGCGCUGCGCCGCGCGCUACGAAAUUUACCCGUUCUACCAGGGUGGCGGCAUGGUGCAGCUGCCGGCGAACGGGCCGGCGACUCACGGGAAAAAGGGUAAAACUGGUAAGGUUCUUGCAAUUGUAUUACCUACAGUGGCAGCUCUACUUGCUGGCACUAUGAUCUGCUUUUGUUGCUGGAGGAGGAGAGCAAAAGCUACUAAGCGGCCACUAUCAUAUGCAUCUCGUUCUGAGGACAUUCAAAAUAUCGAAUCUUUUAUCAUGGAUCUACCAACAAUACGGAUUGCCACAGAUAACUUUGCUGAAAACAAUAAACUUGGUGAAGGAGGAUUUGGUGCAGUUUACAAGGGAUCCUUUCCCGGUGGCCAAGAAAUAGCUGUGAAAAGGCUCUCUCAAAGUUCUGGACAAGGGAUUGGGGAGCUAAAAAAUGAGCUAGUUCUAAUUGCCAAGCUUCAGCACAAGAAUCUCGUGAGGCUUUUUGGUGUUUGUCUGGAAGGAGAUGAGAAGCUACUUGUCUAUGAAUACAUGCCUAACAAGAGUCUAGACACAUUUCUUUUCGACUCCGAGAAACGCAAGCAAAUCGAUUGGGGAAAGCGGUUCACGAUAAUAAAAGGGAUCACGGGAGGAUUGCAAUACCUGCAUGAAGAUUCUCAGCUGAAGAUAAUUCACCGUGACCUAAAAGCAAGCAACGUUCUACUGGACACAAACAUGAACCCUAAAAUUUCAGACUUUGGCUUGGCGAGGCUUUUUGGAGAUGACCAGUCACAAGAAACCACAAACCGUGUCGUUGGAACUUAUGGAUACAUGGCACCAGAAUACGCCCUACGUGGGCAAUAUUCAGUUAAGUCUGACAUAUACAGCCUCGGAGUAUUAAUUUUGGAGAUAAUCACAGGAAGGAAAAACAGUGACUCCUACAACAAUGAACAGCCUGUUGAUCUUCUGAGCCUUGUUUGGGAACAUUGGGCAAUGAAGACUAUCACAGAGAUGGUUGACCCAUAUUUGAGGAGUGAUUCUUCCUCUCUAGAUGAGAUUCUGAGGUGCAUUCAUAUUGGGCUCAUCUGUGUCCAAGAAGACCCCGUGGACAGACCAACCAUGUCAGUGAUCAAUGUCAUGCUCGACAGCAAUGUGGUGCCAACUCAAGCUCCAUCAAGACCUGCAUUUUACAUAGAAAUGGCUGGCAACAUUAUUGGCUCAAAUAUGUAUUCACAGCCAUACCCGGUAACUGACUCCACAGCCAAGCACUCGACGGCCAUGUCACUGAAUGAUGUGACAAUAACUGAGCCAGAACCAAGAUAAGUCAUAUGCAAUGCUUGUUUGUAUAAACAAGUUGAUGUAGGAGGAAAAAUAACUGUUCUAUCGGUAACUCAAGUUAUAGAUGCCAUGUGCAGUAGUCAAAUGUAGGAUAAUUCGCUUUAUCUUGUUUCGGGAGAUAAUAUAUAUAUUAUAUUAUUAAUAGGAGUCGUUUCUCCUGUGAUCUCUCAUGUUAGAAUUUAUCCGAGUCAUUGGUAAUGGUAUGAUUAGUAGUAUUUUGUAAUUUAGUUUUUUUACAAAUAAAAAGGUAAUACAUAAUUGAGUUUUG